CCCUUUUCUGAAUAAUAAUGAAACUAAAAAAUUGCUCAAUACUCCUUCUGUUCUCCAAUAGAUGGCCUUAUAGGGUUUGACACAAGAUUUAAGAGAAAAAUAAUAGGGGUAGUGUAAAAGGUGUAGUGGGUUGGGUUUAAAUGAAAAAGUAGGAAAUAGAAUGAAAAAGUAGGAAAGAAAAUGAGGGUAUAUAGUAUAGGUUGUUGAAGGAAAUUCUAUGUUGUGUGCUAUCGUUUAGAUAAAAUAUGUAUUAGAGGCUUUCUAUGUAAAUUAUGUAUUAUGGGCCUAUUGGACAGUAUUUGUAAACCCUAUUCUAUCCCUAUUUAUAGGGGCUUUUGGUAAUGAAACUUGAAAAACAUUCUCCCUACAACACAUUAUCAGCACGAAAGCUCCAAACCUUAAAACUUUUCUCCUCUCUUCUCAAGAUUUUUUCAGCCGCAGGUUUAGUCUGCCUACAUUCAGCAUCCACGCGGCCAAGCCUCACUCGGUCAUUCCCUCCGAUGAUCCUGCUGGGACGCCAUCAGCCUAACGCGAUCAUCUUCCGGCUCACCUCAGUUGCCGACCUCAGCUUCAUCAACCACCUCGGCUCCGAAAAAUUAGAUAUGUCUAUCUGUUCAGAACGAAGGUUGUGCCGCCAACGACCGAUUUUCCGCAUCCUCCUUCAGAACUUCCCUGAAAGUGAAGCACAAGAUGAUGUAUUUGCUAACGGUGUCCAAAACGGAGGUUGCCGCCUCCGUUCCACAUGAUCCAGAUCGAAGCAAGUCUACCACGGCCAUUUUGUCGGACAACGUACGAAGACAAAUGAGGAUAUCCAACGUGCCAUGCUUGUGCGACCGCCGCUGACCCAGACGGCUAGUUCCUCUCAGUACUCUGUCCUUGCACCUCGUUUCACUCAUAUCCGUCAGCCUCACCUUGAUUUAGGUGAAAGCUAAUGCCAAAAUUUUUAAUCAAUCGAUUUCCUUCUCUUUGAUGCAAAAAACUAUUUCAACCAUAUUUAUGUUCGGUAUAUUUAUUUUCUGUUUAUACCUCUAUUUCAGUAUUUGUAUAUUUUUUUUAUACUUCGUAUAUAAUCAGCUGGCUUGAUUUAUUUGCCAUAAUUCAUGCUCGGUAUUUUUUUUUCAACUGAAUGCAAUUCUCUUCCUCGUGAUAGGUUUAUGCUCAUAUAAAUUAAAAACCAAUGAUAUAUUCUUCUUUUUGUCAUACAUUUCGAAAUUGG